AAAAGGGUUUGACUUUAUAUUUGGUUUCCGGCUAUCAUCAUCAUCGGAUCGGAGACAUGAUCUAAGAUUGAGAAAGUUGAAAAUUAAAAAAAAAGAAGGAAAGAUCUGAAGGAGGAAGAAGAUUGAGGGAGGAAGCAGAUAACAUGUCUGCGAUUGUUUGCGGCAGCAAGAGAUCUCUUUUCGACGAUUUGUCCUCCGCCGCUUCUCCUCCCGUCUCCAAGAAACUCCGUUCUUCUCGUUUCUCCUCCUCCCUUCUCCUCGAUCACCUCGCCUCCAUUUUCCCCGAUAUGGAUCAUCAGAUUCUUGAGCGAGCAAUCGAGGAAUGUGGAGAUGAUCUUGAUUCUGCUAUUAGAUCUUUGAAUCAGCUUCGUCUAGAAUCCGCCAAUAAAGAUUCAGAAGAAGCAAAAGUUGAAGUAGGAUCAUCAGGGAAGGAUGAUCAAGUCUUGAACUUGGACGGCACUGAGUGGGUUGACUUAUUCGUCAGGGAGAUGAUGAGUGCUUCAGACAUGAACGACGCCAAAGACCGUGCUUCAAAAGCACUGGAAGCUUUGGAGAAGUCCAUCAACGCUCGUGCUGGUUCCGACUCAGCAGCAGCAGCGUUGCAAAGCAGUCUCCGACAGGAGAACUUGAUGCUGAGGCAGCAGUUAGAAUCUGCUGUCCAGGAGAAUAGUUUGCUUAAACGAGCCGUGGUGACGCAACAGAAGCGGCAGAGAGAGACAGAAGAUCAGAGUCGGGAGUUGCAGGGUUUGAGGCAGAUGGUUAGUCAGUACCAGGAACAGCUGAGAACUCUGGAGGUUAACAACUAUGCUCUCACGCUUCAUCUGAAACAAGCUCAGCAGAACAACAGUUCCAUCCCUGGCCGCUUCCAUCCCGACGUGUUCUAAUAUUUUUUUUUUUUACAUAAUUUGGUUUCCAGUGUUUGUUUUUAUGUUUCUUCCUUUCCGUUGGUUGCUGACCAUAUUUAUAAAUUAUACAUGAAUUGUGGAAUGA